CCGCCCUCUCCUGCUGCUAUAUCUUCAUCCUCCUUCCGUCCCAUGUCUCGUUCUCACCUUGGGCUCUGCAAGCUGCGCGUUUGCGGGUCGCAGCUCAAUUGAUCUACAAUUCUCAGUAUAUAAAUGUACCACAUCUAAUUGCCUCGACACCCACCAUGUCCUCGCCGUGCGCCCCUCGAGUCGCGUUCCAAGAGCCCACGCCUGAGGUCUUCUGCUCUUCACCACCUGCACCCACAGCCGCACGCAAGCAAAGGAGACCGCCGCCGAUUACUCCGAAACGCUUUACACGCUUUUUCACGCCACGCAACUCGAGCCAUGGGUCGUCACGCGCCUCGCUCUCCAGCUCCGGGCGGCAACUACAGGACAUCACACGUGGUGCUGCCAACCGCGGCCGUGUUCUGCGAAGCACUCCACGCAAAACCGUGAAUUUUGUCGAUAUCGAGGUUACUCAAACACGAACACCGUCGUCGAGCGCCCGCAAACGGAAGAAUCCUUACCUCUCGCCUGAAAGCUCCCCGGCACAACUCCAAUCCUCGCCCUCAAAGCGGUCACGAUACGUCACACCAGAGCCGGUGGAGGUAUUUGAAGAUGAGCUGGAGAUCGAGGAGCAGCCUGUCUUUGCUGUACCAAUCCGUCGUUUAGGUGCGCUGGGAGGAACAUCACGAAGACUGCAGCGGUCGUUCGGUGGCAUCAUGGGCGUAGGGCGGGGGUUCAGACGAGACCACUGCACAUCGUGGCAGCAGCAGACGGCCGACUUCUACAGCAGCUCAGAUGACGUGCACUCUCUGUCACAAGAUGCACCACCCUUUUGCACAGCUAGCUGCAACACCAACUCGCUCAUGGCCAUUGGUGAUGAGGAUGGUUAUAUUCAUCUGGUCGACUCCGAGGGCGACUUCUCAAAAGCACACAUAUCAUGGCAAGCACACUCCAAUGCCGUCAUGGAUGUUCAAUUCUCAUCCGACGACUCAUAUCUGGCUGCCGGCUCUGGGGAUCAAACAGCACAGAUCGUCGAUGUACGGACACAGCAGACUUUGAGCGUGCUUGCAAAGCACAAGUCAUCUGUAAAGCAAGUUCGCUUCCAGCCUGGCGAUGACAAGAUAGUAGCGACCUCCAGUCGGGAUGGCGCGGUUCAGAUCUGGGAUCUGCGAUGCAAAGGUGGAGACCUUACUGUACAUUCAGCAUGGGGGUCGGAUGCUCCAUAUGCCAGUGUUGUACGAACACUAUCAGCAGCACAUGCUGAUCUUGGUCUACCAUCUAGCACAACCACACGGGUCGCUUCCAAUGGCAAGGCAGAAAACAUUGGCAGAAGAAACGACGUCUCUGUCACUGCACUAACUUUCCUCCCCGAAGGCCGCCAACACCUUCUCCUGACAGCCUCAGAUGCCUCUACAUGCGUGAAGCUCUGGGACAUUCGUGGCCGAUAUUCCUUGAGGGGACCUGCCAUACCCAUCGCUACGACAAGACAUCCCGAGUCGCACAACAAACAUCGUCACUUUGCCAUCAACUCCCUCACCCUCAGUGGUGACGCUUCACGCCUCUACGCACUGAGCAAGGAUAACACCGUCUAUGCCUACUCGACGAACCACCUCAUACUCGGUACUGCUCCAGAGCUCUCCAUCUCGUCAUCUCAGAGACAGAAGUACUGCCAGGUAGGCCAAGAAGGUCUGGGUCCGAUCUACGGUUUCCGCCACUCCAAAUUUCACGCCGGUUCCUUCUACGUCAAAGCCUCACUGCGCAAAGCCUUCGACGACAAGCCCGAGAUGCUAGCCGUUGGCAGCACAGACGGCUGCCCUGUGCUGUUUCCCACCGACGAGUCAUUCCUCAAGCGUGAGAAGCGCCGCGCAGACGACGAAGCAGACGAGCUCCCAGACAUCACCCCGCGCUCCAUUCUCAGAUCGUCGUUGUCCCGCGCCUCGAGCAAUCGCUCGCAGGACACCAUUCCUAUCUACGAGCAUGGCACGCCGCUGGUUCGCGGCCAUGACGCCGAGGUCACUAGUGUGUCGUGGGCGAAAAACGGUAGCUUGAUCAGUGUCAGCGAUGAUCACCGUGUGCGCCGGUGGGUAGAGGGUAGCCAGGCAAGGGAGCUGCGGACUGGUGGAGAAGGCGAGGGCAAGAGGUGGCAGUGUGGGUGGGCAGACGUGAGUGAGGCAUACGAUGACGAGGAUUAGAUUGGCGCUAUUAUACCCCCAUAUUGUUCUUUUACGAAGCGUCACGAAUCGAGGAUACCUCUUUCAACGUUGCCCUUUCCG